CAGAACAAGCAGCCCUUCAUGGUGGCCUUCUUCAAAGCCACUGAGAUCCACAUUCGCAGCAUCCGCUCAGCAAACGGAAAACACCGCAACCAGAACCGCUCCAAGGGGAACAAGGGGCAGGAGGCACUGCGGGUCUCCAACAUUGCAGAUAACAGCAGUGCAGACCAGCGGCAAGCCUGCAAGAAACACGAGCUCUACGUCAGCUUCAAAGAUCUAGGAUGGCAGGACUGGAUUAUAGCACCAGAAGGAUACGCUGCCUACUACUGUGAGGGUGAGUGCGCCUUUCCCCUCAACUCCUACAUGAACGCUACCAACCACGCCAUAGUGCAGACACUGGUUCACUUCAUUAACCCAGAGACAGUGCCCAAGCCCUGCUGCGCGCCAACGCAGCUCCAUGCCAUCUCGGUGCUCUACUUUGACGACAGCUCCAACGUCAUCCUGAAGAAGUACCGCAACAUGGUCGUGAGAGCCUGCGGCUGCCACUAGGAGGCCUCGGCCAUGCUCCAUUCCUAUCCAUCGCUGGGGACCCUGGGAGCAGCAUGUUUGAAAAACGGAUUCUUGGGAUCAAUGAUCCUGUUAUUUAGCGACAGGCAGAAACAGGGACUGAGGCGCUCGCAGCAGCUUCUGCACGCCUCCGCCGGGGAUCGCUAUUGAGCUUUGUGACCUGGACAGGAAAAAAAACAAACAAGCAUUCAUCCUAAGCAAUGUAUUUUCCAUCCAGUCCGCACUAUUGAUACGGUUUGCCUGCAUUCCUGCCACCUCCCCAGUGCUUCACAGACUGAAUGCUACUAGGAACACACAGAUCUAAGGAAUUAUGUUUUUCAGAGCAUGAUGUUCUUCAGUGUGCAGAGCAGAACCCCACCCCCCCACCCCCAAACACUGUCAGCGAGGUCCGAUAGCAGGUGAACCACCAGACACAAUCCACAGCCAGCUCUGUACUGAGCAGAAUAUAUGUUUCCAUUAAAAAGAUGAGAGUCUACAUCAUCAUCUUCUGGUAAUAGCUCUAGAAACUUUAAGGAACACCACAGCAUGGUGCCUUCAUAGCAGUCCCUUCAUACCCGGGUGUUAACUUGCCUAGUGGGUAGAAAGCACAUUGUUCCUCCAAGUCCAGUCCCUCUCCUACUGGGCAGCCCUGGUCCUGCCAUUGUAAUAAGCUGCCUGCCUGGCCUGGAACAUCACAGCAAGAACAUUGCAGAAUUACAGGAGAACAAGAAACUUUGAGCUUCCUCUUAGGUUGUGAACAUUAUUUAUUUUGUUGUUUAAGUUGUUCUGGGCCACCUUUUGUCAAGUCUCUUGGACACAAGUUCAUUUAUUUUAAGCAGCACUGCCGCAGCUCUCUCUAACUUUAGGAAGCAGUAUCUGCUACUUCUAUUCCAAGUCUCUCUCUGUCUCGAGGUUUGUCUGGUUCUACUCCUUGCGCGAACAUUGUCUUCAAUGUUCAGCAGUCUGUUGAAGUGAUGGGGCUUUUUUCUUUAACACUACGAUACAAGAAUGACAUCACCUCCACUCAGCAGCACCUUCGCUUCAACACUUUGGAGGAGUCAGAUUCUCAAAACAAACCUCUCCAAAUCACCUGAACAAAAAAAAAAAAACAACAAAACACACACAUUUACAAAUCUUCAAACGAAUAACAAACAACUGAAGACUGCUUAUAAGGCUAUUAAAUACACAAGUUGGUUAUUUCUUGGAGUGAAUAGCUUUGCGACCCUAGACAAGGUUCUAGAACCUUUCCUCUGCUUCCCUGUCAUUGUUAGGAGAUACUCUAAGUGCUGCUCUCUCUCUCUCUUCAUAUGCUUUUCAAUGUUCUAUGAUUUGAUUUCUCACUAAAGGCAGAGAUGCUGGUGUAUUUGUUAGAUAGAGAUCUUUAUGUACAAUAUUGUGUAAAUAGUUUUCAAAAGACAGAAACAAAGUAUUUAUUUCCAUUUCUGGACUCAAGCUCCACUUCAGGUAACUUCAGGAUAAAAACAUAAAAAUAAAAUGAAUUUAAAAAAUAAAUCUUCCAGCUGAAAAGAAACCACUUUCUUAUUUAAGAGAAUAUUUAUUGAGUAAACGUGAGAGAGAUGUACAUGCACAAUUCAGCCUUUUGCAGUCUCCUGUCUUUAUAAUAUGUCUAAAAAAAUAGUUCAAUAAACAGUUCCAGUGUUA